AUGGCAGGACGAGGCGUGUCCACGUUCGACCAGACAAUUAAUCUGGACGACCGUAACAACUCCGAGAUAACUCGAGCCGUUCUCCUACGCACCGAAGGGAAGUACAAUCGAGCUCUUCGGAUAUUUAAGAAAUUCCUUGCUCUGCAUCCAACAGCGGUGUCUCCACCAGACAUUCAAUCCUACAAAGGGUUUCUAGAAUUUGUGGCUAAAAAUAUGAAGGGCCGACCUGGGAGUAAAGAAAUGCUAACAGUGUUAACUGUUAACAGGUUCCGCAGAGAUUUUAAGGCUGGGCUCCUUCUCCGACAGGGUUACAAUAUGCUAGAAAGUAUCUUUAUAACUGUCCGAGAGGUUAGCAUAUCCCUAACUCGUGACAAGUAA